CGUUACGGUUGUUCAAAACGGCUAAUGAAAACAGAAUGCAUCUUUUCCGCUCGCAUUCAAUCAUUCUUUUCUCUCGGAUUUUCUAGAGAUUUCACAUGGUAUCAGAGCCUUUUAUGGUUCAUUACAUCUUGAUCUCUUAAUCGUUCACUUUCGACCUUAGCCUUCUUCACUGUUUCCUCCAUGGCGGCUCCUCCUCCUAAGGUUCUUGAUACGUCAAAUCGUUACUUCCUUACCAGAGGUGAUAGCUUUGGAAUUCCUCUCGUUCUGAUCAAAUUGGACGGUUCCAAUUAUCAUUCUUGGUCUUGUGAUGUUUCCACAACCCUUGGCUCGAAGAACAAGCUUCACUUCAUUAAUGACACUCUUCCUCGUCCCCCUCCUGGUUUUGCCAUGUUUGGCCAUUGGGAUCGCUGUAAUUCCAUUGUCAUGUCAUGGCUUGUUCACUCUCUUGAUGCUAGUAUUGCUCCGAGUGCUCAUUGGAUGGACACCGCAAUUGAGAUCUGGAAUACUUUGCGAAAACGUUACUACCAGGGAGACUUCUUUCGCAUUUCUGAUAUCCAAGAAGAGAUCAACGCUCUUCGUCAAGGUUCGCUCAAUAUCACCGCUUAUUUCACUCAAUUGCAAACUCUUUGGCAAGAAUUGGACCAAUUUCGUCCUCUACCUUCAUGUUCUUGCGAGAUCAAGUUUCUUGCAAUUAUGUUCCUACUAUAUGUUCUUAUCGCGAUGGUGAUUGUGUCCUUCCUUUUCUUAAAGGACUCAAUGAACAAUGAACAAUACUCUGUUGUUCGUUCUCAAAUCAUGAUGAUGCAGUCAAUACUAGAUCUUGAUCAUGUUUUCUCACUUCUGAUCUAACAAGAGCCUCAAUUUGGUGUACCUGUUGAUGAUCCUCAUACUUUGGCUUAUUUUCCUUCCUCGACACGAGGACGUGGUGGUUUUGGUGUUCGAUCUCAGUCCUCCUCCAUUUCUGGUAGGGGUCGCGGUCGUGGCCGAAGUUCUAAAGUGUGUACUCAUUAUGAUCACCCUGGUCACACUAUUGAAACUUGCUAUAAGAAACAUGGAUAUCCACCUCAUAUGCAGAAUUCUCAUUCUGCUCAUAAUGUUCAAUCACUCAAAAAUAUUGAUGAAGGUGAUGAUACUGCUACUGUCCUUUCUCAGCAAGGAGUGCCUUCUGCUCCAACUAUGACUCUGACUCCUGAGCAACAUCAAGCCUUAAUGGCUCUUUUACAACAAUCAAAUUUGAAUGGUACCACGGUUAAUCACAUUUCUACUUCUCUUGUGAACAAAUCCUCAGAUUCUGGAUUCAAGUUCCAUGAGGAUGAUUGGUGUAGUUGAAGUUCAACACGGUCUUUACACAAUGAAGUCUUGUCCCAAAACCAUUUUACACGGUGUAAACAAUUUUUUUUCUUACAAGAAUAAUCUUUGGCAUUUUAGAUUUGGCCAUCUCUCAUGAUAAACUUUGUACUUUGAAACAGUUGUACCCUUUUAUUGAAUGUGAUAAAACUAAUUUGCCU